AUGUCGUCGUAUAUUGAUCCCGAGGAACUAUAUACCAAGCAAGAUCGCAUUGGGAAGGGUUCUUUUGGCGAAGUGAGUAUCAGGGUGUACAAGGGCAUUGACAAACGAACCGGAGAACCCGUUGCGAUAAAGAUUAUCGAUCUAGAAGAUGCCGAGGAUGAGAUAGAGGAUAUCCAACAGGAGAUCAGUAUUCUGUCCCAGUUAGAUUCCUCUCAUAUCACGAAAUACCAUGGAUCGUUUACAAAAGGAUCAAGUCUGUGGAUCGUAAUGGAGUAUUGUCAGGGAGGAUCUUGUUUGGAUUUGAUGCGAGCAGGAACUUUCGAAGAGGUCUUCAUUGCGAUUAUUUUGCGAGAAUUGUUGAAGGGUUUGGAAUAUUUGCAUGGGGAGGGCAAACUGCAUCGCGACAUCAAGGCUGCGAAUAUACUGCUUGCGGCAGAUGGAAGUGUGAAGCUUGCCGACUUUGGGGUAUCUGGUCAACUGACCGCUACGAUGACCAAGAAGAAUACCUUUGUCGGUACCCCGUUUUGGAUGGCACCAGAGGUGAUAAAACAAUCGGGUUAUAACGAUAAGGCGGAUAUUUGGAGUCUGGGGAUCACAGCCAUUGAACUCGCAAAAGGAGAACCACCAUACGCAGAUCUGCACCCGAUGCGGGUACUGUUCCUCAUCCCCAAAAAUGAUCCACCCCAAUUGGAGGGUAAUUACUCGAAGGCGUUCAAAGAGUUCGUUGCAUUGUGUCUCCACAAGGAGAUAGAUCAGCGACCACCGGCAAAGGAGCUGCUUAAGCAUCGAUUCAUUAAGGCAGCUAAAAAGACAUCAUUCCUCACCGAGCUAAUCGAGCGCCACGAACAAUGGUUGGCAGAGGGAGGAAAUGACAAGGACGGCUCAUCCGAUGAAGAGGACGAAGACUCUAGUUUGGAUGAGGACGAUUCCGAGGGAGGAUGGAAUUUUGGUACUGUUAGAGGAGGAGGAGGGACGGUCGGCAAGGCUGCAACUAGACUACAGGCGGCCAAUCUGCUACCGCCACUCAACCGUCCGGUGGUGGCGGGAGGGGGACCACAAGUGCAAGUGACACAUGUAGAAGGGGAGGGCUCUUCCUCCCAAUUACCAGGGGGCACUGUGCGAUCAAAAAUUUCGCCCGCAGCCUCUUCCAAAGAUCCAGUAAGCAAAUAUCACAGGUAG